UUGAGGCGGGUGUGGGGAGUCGGAGCGGAGCGGAGCUGAGCCGAGCGCAAGCGCGGGCUGAGGGUUAGGAGGGCGGCUACUGGAAGAGCGGCCGGCGGUGGCGAGGACGGGCACCUCUCUCACUUUUUGAGUGCCUCCCCCCCUCCUCACAUACCACACACCCCACACAACCCCCCCCACCACCCCACACACCCCACACUCACACCCUGUUUGCCCGUGAGCCUGGGGAACUUGCAGCUUAAAGCCAGCCACCCCCACGGCAACAUGUACCCCAGCAACAAGAAGAAAAAGGUGUGGAGAGAGGAGAAAGAACGUUUACUGAAGAUGACCUUAGAAGAGAGACGCAAAGAAUACCUAAGGGACUAUGUUCCCCUGAACACUAUUCUGUCAUGGAAGGAAGAAAUGAAGGGCAAGAGCCAAAAUGAUGAAGAGAAUACUCAGGAAAUAUCACAAGUGAAGAAAAGUUUGAGUGAGAAAGUUUCUCUGUAUAGAGGUGAUAUCACGUUGCUUGAGAUAGAUGCUAUAGUCAAUGCAGCAAAUGCUAGUCUUCUUGGAGGAGGCGGUGUGGAUGGCUGUAUUCACAGAGCAGCCGGCCCCUGCUUGCUAGCUGAAUGCCGUACUCUGAAUGGCUGUGAGACUGGACAUGCAAAAAUCACAUGUGGCUAUGAUCUUCCUGCAAAAUAUGUCAUCCAUACUGUAGGUCCAAUAGCCAGAGGCCAUAUUAAUGGUUCCCACAAAGACGACCUUGCAAAUUGCUAUAAAUCAUCUCUGAAGCUGGUGAAAGAAAAUAACAUCCGAUCAGUGGCAUUUCCCUGCAUCUCAACAGGGAUUUAUGGUUUUCCAAAUGAGCCUGCUGCAGUCAUUGCCCUUGGUACCAUUAAGGAAUGGCUGGCCAAAAAUCACCAGGAGGUGGAUCGAAUCAUCUUCUGUGUCUUUUUAGAAGUUGACUUCAAAAUCUACAAAAAGAAAAUGAGCGAGUUUUUCCCUAUAGAUGAUAAUGAUGAAGAAGAAGAUGUUGACAUGAAAGAAGAUUCAGAGGAGUUAGAGCACAAAGGCCUCUCUCCACCCCUCAAGAAGAGCAAAGCAAAGAAACCAGAAUGCUCCAAAGACUCCAGUGAAGAUGAGAAUGGUCCAGAGGAAAAGCCAAGUGUGGAAGAAAUAGAAGGACAGAGCCAAGAAGCAGGUGGGCUCAGAUUUCUUUUGAGGAGUCUCCUAAGCCUCAUCCACAGAGAUGGUGUCAGCACCACCCCUGUUCCCAUCCCUGCUUCAGAAGAUGCAGUGGAAGAUUGUAAAGAUGAAGAUUCUGCAAAGGAUGACAACAUUAUAAAAGAUGAUGAAGUAACAGAUCAUUCUGUGUGUGACCAAAACCAUCCUGAUGGACAAGAGAAUAAAUCAACAAAGAAUGAAGUGAAACUUGAGACUGAGUCCCAGAGCUCAUCUAUGGAAACAGAAGAGAUUGCCUCAAACCAGGAAGAGGCCAUGGUGGUGGAGCAACCAGAGGUGAUCCCACUGACAGAUGAAGAAGAAGAAAAUGAAGGUGGGACAGCUGAAGAUGAGGACAUACCUGCAGUGUCGGUGAAAAGCCAAGACUCCAGUGAUACAGAAAAUGCCACUGGUCCUGAUGUUACAGCUGAAAUAAAUAGUCCUGUUGACAAUGUAAAUGACCCAACAGAGAGUCAGCAAGAAGAUUGCCAAUAGGGGCACAAAGAUGAAGCAAAGGAACAAACAAAGGAAGCUAAAUGACAGUCAGCAUUGCAGGGCCUGGCCCUGGGGGAGUGUGGGAAGAUGACAGCUUGUGCUUUGGAGGAGGGUGGGAAUGGGGGAAGGCAAGUCCUGUGGAAGGAUGGAAAAUCCUUUGCUCUAAUUUUUUCAAGAUACAUUUUGUUCUAUUUACCUGCAGGAAAAAAAAGAGGGGGGAACAGUGCUUUUAAUUUGGCAGGAGGAUCCACAUUAAGGCAUCUUUCCAGGCACUAUCCUUAUCAUUUCUGUCUUUCUCUCCCAUACCCUUUCCCCCAGGAUCACUGUGCCAUCAUCUGGUUUACUAAUCACAUAUGUCUCUUGGAUCCUGUCUGUUUUCUUGGUUAUUUCACAAAGCUGGUUAUACAGUGGUUUCUUCAAAGGAAAAGAAAGGUGGUGAUUGUUGGACAAGUUUCAGGUUAAAUUUUAGGACUCACUAAGGUCAGUAUAAUCCACAGAGGAAGAAAGGUGGGAAACAGGCAUGAACCCCAGCACAUAUUAGGGAAGGGCCUGGAUGAGUAGAAAAUACUUUUAUCAGGGAUUCCCAUAGUCUAAUUAGUUCCAUUAGUUAGGGAGGAUUGCAGAAGCAGGAUUUAAACUCAAAGAAAUAAGGAAGGUGGGCCUGGUAGCUACUAAAGUUCACUUACUUGGUUCAUGAGCUCUUCAGCCUGGAGCCGUCCAGUGAGAAUCAAGUCUUUCUGUACAUCCAUAAAGGAUGCACUUAGCCAGUUGUUCUUACAACACAUAGAGGGAAACAACACAUUUAGGACUCAAACAUAUGCUUAUUGAUUUUUGAACGUUCUACUUGACAUGUUUUUCAUAAAAGAAUACCCAAAAUGAGAUGGCCUACAAAGCAAAUUCUGACUUGAAGUUUACAGAUGGGGAUUUCUAAUCUGUGUUUAAAUGGUUUUUGUUCAUAUCACA